AUGCCCGCGAAGCGUCCGUACGCGACAACGGAACGCCUCGCUUAUCUUUGCUGUACAUUAUUAUUAUGAUAUAAGACACAUAAAGAUCGAAAUAUUAAUAUAUCACAAAACAAAGUAAAAAAAAACUAAAAAGGAUUGUAUUGCAUUGCAUUGCAUUGCAUCGCAUUGCAUUGCAUUGCAUUGCAUUGCAUUGCAUUGCAUUGCAUUGCAUUGCAUUGCAUUGCAUUGCAUUGCAUUGCAUUGCAUUGCAUUGCAUUGCAUUGCAUUGCAUUGCAUUGCAUUGCAUUGCAUUGCAUUGCAUUGCAUUGCAUUGCAUUGCAUUGCAUUGCAUUGCAUUGCAUUGCAUUGCAUUGCAUUGCAUUGUAUAAGCUUGAAAAAUAUAAUGACAUUUCAACUGGCAAAUGAACCGCCGAAGUUGUACGUCGAUAAUAACAACAUUGAUCAACACUCAACACAAUUUUUCACAGACGCUGUAAUCGAGAAUAUACAACCCCAAAUUGCCACAAAUAUUCUACCCUAGGGUGGUACUAUAGCUUUCAAAAUAUUAUGGAAGCGAAUUUGUGUGAUAAUUUUUGUUUGGAAAGUGUCGCACAUCAUGUAUUGUUUACCUCGCAGUUACAGAUUCACAAAAUUCUUCCAAAAUAUUGCAUGUACAAGCUUCGGUUGACCAUCAAUAGCAAGAUAAUUUUACGCACUUUUUAAAAAUGUGUAAGUUGUCUUGCUUGCAAGCUUUUUCCUUCCUAAACUCAAGAACAAAUGAACUGUUAUUUAGGGAUUGGUACGAUACUGAUACCAAAUACCCAUACUAGAAGAAGUAUCGAUAGUUGAUACUUGCGAAAAAUAUUGAUAAUUUUGAUACCACUUGAACGUGCGAUAUGUUUGUUCAGCAUUUAUAGAAGUCACAGAAAUAUAGGGCACUGUAUGCAAUAUUUCACAAAAUAAUAACAGGGUCACAUGAACCCACACUUUCACCUUGAGGCUCGUGAUUGUAUUUGUAAAAGGGAGAAGACAUGAGUUGCGAAUAAAGACAGCCAAGUUCAUGAUCACUAUUAUUAAACUUGAUGACGUCAUCGCUAGUUUGGAGUUGUGACACCAUCAUUAAUUAAAUCGAAGUAUUGGUAUCGGUAUCGAUCAAAAUGUAUAGUAUUGUACUUGGUAUCGUAUCGAAUUAAAAAUCCCUACUGUUAUUGACUCGCAUUGCUACUGCAUUGACAAUUUAUUGAUCUAUUGGGUGUGGCUUUUGGCAGAGGCUAGCCGCUCACACGUUUUCGUUUCCGCCUGUGUCUCUCUAGCUCAGCGGUUGAAGCCUCUGCGGAGGGAAGAGCACAGCUGUCAAAACAAUAUGGGGGCUUAUACUCAAAACCAGCUAUGAGUUUGUACUUCAAUCUUAAUCUUCACAAAAUAUAUUACUUCUGGCGUCAUUAAACCUCAAUCUUAAGGUCUCUAAUGUCUUGUUCUUUUACUUAUCCAUCAAUAGGUCUCAAGAGAAAAGGAGUAAACGUUGCAAUCUCUCCUGAUGAUCGCCAUGUCGUAUCGGUAUCGAAAGAUUCCUCGUCAUCCUGGAUAAAGGUACAGUAAAGGCCAAAAAGCAUGCAUGUGAACUGAUAGGCCUUCUCCCAUAAAUUUGUGUCGAAAAUGUCCGCGGCACGUCUGCCUGGAAAUUAUUGUCGAAAGUCUUCCGUUUUGAAUUUUUCAGGAUGUUCCAGAAUAAAUAUCCCUGUGUAGGAGACCUGCAGGGUUGAAGAUAAAAUUUUCACAUGGUCUCCCUCCUACCAGGGCGUCAAAAUGCAAUUUUUGGCACGGAACAUUCUCGUCUCCAGAGCCAUUCUUACUCGGUCACUCAUUGAAAAUUAUGCUCUGGGUUAGACGACUAAAGGGAGAGAUAUGAUUGGCUUCUCAGAGAACUGCUAUUUUGCAGAAGUUGAGCAGUUUUCGCUAGGCAAAAUUAUUCUAUCAAAAUAUGUCAACAUAAAUACUUCGUUUCUUCAUAAUACUUCUCUGUGAAAAUUGUUACGGGUUCUGAAGCGUCCCAAUUCAAGAGUAUGCGCUUUAGAAACUACUGCAAGUUUUCCUGCACUUCCGGUUCCGUGUAUCCCAGGGCAUAGGCCGAGAGGCCCUGGGAACGAGGAUGGGUACGGAAGUGUAAAGAACUCUGCCAUAUUUCCAAGGAGGCUAAAGUUUCCCCAGGGAGGCAGUUGGCGCUCUACCUUUACCACGCGCGCAAACUAGUGGCGUUUCGUAUAAAUCGGUGUUGGUCAUCGUGGUCUCAGGCGGGCUGGAACAUCAUGGCUAAGAUCGGAAUGGCAAAGUCCGACCCACGCGAAUCGAGCGUGAGAGAAAAUCCAAAACUCCCGAGAAAUCUCUAAAAAUUCCACAGGAUUUUCAAAAUCCCAAAAAUCUCGAACACUUGUUUGUAGUGAACAUGCACCCCUCGAUUAAGAAAAUGUGGUUCAGAUUACACUAUAAUCUUAUUAUUUGCUCUGAUGAAGAUCCCGGUUUACAGAUCGAAAGCUUUGGGGACAAGCCAAUUUAUCUUUUAGUUAUAAAAAGACGGUUUAUUGGAAAACGCGGACAACGGACUCCGGAGAACGGACGCCGGAACGAACAAUGGACAACGGACACCGCACAAUCGUUGGAAAAGACAAACAAUCAAUGGAAAAGACGGCCAAGCGUUGGAAAAGAUGGAUAAACGGUUGAAAAGACGGUUCCUUUUUAACAUGUAAGAAAAAGUUAAUUAAUUAACCGUAUUCCAUGACACACGACGUUGGCAAAUCUUUCGUUUUUAUUAGUUGAAUAAUAACUAAAUCUAUAUGUAUCUACAUAAUAGUUUACGCAUUCAAUUGAUGUGAUAGAUAGUACUACUGUAAUUGUUUACAGAAUCAUGUUGAAGAAAAAAAGGUAAACUUGAGCAGUAUGUGGACAUUCGAUCAAUUUUAUGGUUUCCAGCCCGUUCAAAGCCUGAUGGGUCCGUUUAAAGGUGUAAUUCAAUUGUUCUACGUCUAGGAUAACACAUUAGUCAUACGUUACGGCCAAUAGGAUAGAAUUUUCACAGUGCAAUAUCAACAGUAAAACAAAAAUUAUAGGUUAAACGUUGUACACAAAUUAUACAAUAUGGCGAUAAAUUCCGGUUUGCGAACACAAAAUCACACAAAACAUCGCGAAAAACGUCUGACUGUGCCUUUGAAACAAAAACAUGGCUAUUUGACAUUUAGUUAAACAAAUUAAAAGAAUGUAGUAGUGAGUAGACUAGAUAUUAAAUUAUAAGUCUCUUAACUAUUAAAAAGGAAAUAGAAAGUAAAUAAUAAAAUUAUCUUAUCUCAGCGGGAAUGCAUCAGUUAAACAAGUUAGCACUUGUAAAAUUAAUUGUAAGAAAUAUAAGCAAUUUCUCAGAAAUAUGAUUUUUGAAGGUGUGAGUAAAGUUUUACUCUACGCAAAAAUUACGCGUGGUACGUAUUAACAAAACAUACUGAAAAAACGCGAGUCAAAUGAACGUUCGUAUCCUUGCAUGAUGGUUUAUAGUAGAGUACCUCACAAUUUACGGAAGACAAUCAUAAUUCUUGAAUUUGCAGACUAUACUUACUCUUGUUUCUAAGUUUGACGAAGUUUUGACGAAGUUUUGAUCUGCGAAUUCGCUCGCGAUCUUACAGGAACGACGCAUGAGAAAGUCACUUAUGACCGCCAACCAUUUUGAGAUUUCCGGUAUCAGUCGCACAGACUUUUUCGCGGUGUUUUCAGUAAAUCAAUAUAUACAAUAAACUGACUACGCAUUCCUUAGAAAUAUAUAUAUAGUAUAUAGUUUUGGCGCCUGCAGUGAAUACGUUUGUUUGUUAAAUUAAACUGUAUUGUUGGGUUAGUUUCUUUAACAUACGCAAGAUUCUAUAUUUGUAACAGCCAUUGAAUGCAUAAACUAUUGCGCGCUAGAUAUAAAGUAGAUUUAGUCAUUAUUCCAUAACGAAACGAAAUACUUGUCAACGUCGUGUGUCAUGGAACACGGUUUAAUUAAUUAAAGUUUUCAGUCUUAAAGGUUCAAAUAGGGUCCGUCUUUUCCAACGUUUGUCUGUCUUUUCCAUCGUUUAUCUGUCUUUUCUAACGCCUGUCCGGUGUCCUCAUUUUCCAAUAAACCUAAAAAGACCGAAUAUUUGUAGACCUUGUAUUAUUAGAAUUAUACAAACAACUUAUUAAUAGGCAAUUUUUUCUAUGUUGCAUAUUUGCGAUGAAAAGCGUUCAAAACCUAAAAUCUUUUUGGCGUACCUCGUGGAAUUACUUUGUUUUAGCUUUAUUUUCUAGUUCGUACAUUCAGCUACCCUUUUAAAUGUAUACCCCGGUGGGAAACAAAAAUAGUAAAAAACUGUAAAUUUAUAAUACAACUAUAAUUGAUGCUAUAGAAUUGAUGUCGUUUAUGUUUACAGCAAUAUAAGCUUAUAGUUAUAAACUUACUGAACUGCAAACGUCGUUUUCUCUUUGGCGUAUCAGCUAAAACGAGUUUGGGUAAUUGUUGAGGGUCAAAAGUCCAGGUCGAGGUUCGAAAGUCCAAGUGUAGGGUCGAAAGUCGAAGUCGAGGGUCGAAAGUCAAAGGUCGAAAAUGGAAAAUAUUAAUUUUUUAUCAUUAGACAAUACAUUUUUAGAAUAGUACAUAUUUCGCAUUUGUUGUCAAAAUUUUAAAGGUUCUCCUGAUAACUAACUUUAUUAAUGUUAGUACAGAACAAUGCCUUGGCCUUAGGGCAUAAUUAGGUUCCUUUUUGUUUUUCGAGAGAGUGUACAACUACUAAAAAUAUUCGAGAACGGCGGUGAUUCGAAAAUAUAUUGUAUUUUAUUGUACUAUCAGAACGAAUCGAGUCCCAGCGCAGCAAAAAUCUCUCAUACAUAAUGAUGGUGAGAUCAUUCUGAACCAAACUAAAAUCACCCUGUUAUAAAGAUUCGUGCUUCAUGCCAGUUAUUUUCCACAGUACAACUCAACUCUCGAUUUUAUUUAAUAUACACAUUUAUGCAACGUUAUCGCAACUAAAUUAUGAAUAUGAAACUAUCAAUCCCAACAUGUGCACUUCCGGUGCAGACAUGUAAACACGAUGUCAUAAAAUAUAUAAAUAUAACUGUUUCUCACGAGGUUGGGAAUCUUCGAGUUAAGCCCUUCGAGUAAAGUCCCCCGAGUUAAGCCACGACCACGACCUGUUUUGCCAUGACCACGCCCUUUUUCAAAAAGGGCUUGACUCGAAGAACGAAACAGAUUUGGGUUAUUCGAGUUAAGCCCCUGGGCUUAACUCGAAGUUUGACAAAAAAGUUCUUGCUCGAGUUAAAAAACAAUCGCAACUGUUAUCGUCAACAAUAUUUUAGGUUUUUCAUAAUAAUUAAUAUUAAAUUUAACAACAGGUAAUUACUUUUAGUGGAUCGUUUAUCCACAACAAAACAACAACUAUUGUUUCAAUGUUCAUCAUAGCAGUAAAUGACUCAAUUUAUUCGUCAUCUUUUAUUGGGAGUCCUCGGUUUCAAAGGAGACAUAUAUCUUCAGAUGAUAGCUGUGAAUCUUGCAGGAUGUUAACUUCACUCGGUGGUGUUUGAAUAUUGCUGGCAAAUGGUUUUAUUGCAAUGCAACGCGGGUCUGCGCAGAAGUAAAAUUGACGACUGACGGCAAACUUUUGAUUACGUGGAAUGUAUAGCCCAUUCACAACAAUAUAUGGCCAAGUAAAAAAAAUUCCCCGUUUCUCAUCAGCGCCCGCAUUAGGAAAUAGCCGCCGAAAUUGUAUUUCUUUUUUAUAUAAUUCAAACCAAAGGCCUCAUAAAACGUUUUAAAAGAGUUACCUGUAGUACAUUCGUGACAGAGUUCUGACCACUGAGCUGUAUAAUACCUGGAGGACCUGCUCCUAUACUUCGUUCAGUCAACGAAGUGUCGCCAAAAACAUGGCGGAUUUUGAGGCAAAAUGACGCCAUUGCCAUGACAACACUUCCGAAAUCCUCAUGGUAGUUACCACUGACCAGGCUCAAUAUUGAGCCCACGGCAGUUUUCACACCUAUUAGGAUGUUAGGGUUUGUAAUCCAAGUGAGAAUAUAUACAUUUUAAGACCUAACCAGGAACGACUACGAAAAAUGCAGCACAGUGCAAGAACUAAGUUUUCACACCUCCCUGGUUUUUGCAUAAAAGUUUUGCAGAUAAUAUAGUUCUUGUUGUUUUGAAUCGGUUUUUAAAAUAUUUUCGAUAUAAAUUUUCUACCUUUGAUAUGCCAACCUCGUUUCCAGGCUCUUUCCUCUACGUUCUCGGCUGGAGAAAAUACCCUGGCUGGGGCUGGUCACGUGACUCAUAGAAAAUUGAUAGCCUAAUAGGGGGAUGGGAAAGUCUCAUAUUACAUGUUUCCACUUCCGCACUUCACACUUCGAUUGCAAGGAGCGGCUGCCUGAACAACUGUAUAUUAUUAUUAUUAUUAUUAUUAUUAUUAUUAUUAUUAUUAUUAUUAUUAUUAUUAUUAUUAUUAUUAUUAUUAUUAUUAUUAUUAUUAUUAUUGGAAGUAUUCCCCGUAGGGCUUUUCAAUACUUAUUUGCAAAUGAUACUUUUUACAGCUUAAUUAAUGUUUAUAAAAAUGAUUACAAAAGGAGUUUAUAAAAAGUUUAAAUGUAGUUAUUAUUAUUAUUAUUAUUAUUAUUAUUGGAAGUAUUCCCCGUAGGGCUUUUCAAUACUUAUUUGCAAAUGAUACUUUUUACAGCUUAAUUAAUGUUUAUAAAAAUGAUUACAAAAGGAGUUUAUAAAAAGUUUAAAUGUAGCGCAAUAAAUAAAUUUCAAUAAGAAUAAGUUUCUUGCAUGCAUGUUACAACUAGUGUUUAUAUAUACUGUAAAUAUUCAAGUUUCAAAAUAUCGAUUUAGUAAGAACUCUUUUAACUUGAUUUUAAAUGUUGCUAAUGAGAGUUUUUUCAACUCAUUGUCUAAACUAUUCCAUAACCCAAUAGCUCUACAGGGUGUAUCAAAAAAAGCGCAAUCCUCGACUGAGUAAUAAUACUUUACGUUAUUGCGAUUGGAGAUAAAAAAAUUGAGAUGGAAUAACAAAUCGUUCUCAUGAAAAUAACUGAUUUUUUCAUUAAAACAAAAAAAUGUUGCAUUUUAUUAAAUGGAUUGUAACAAUAAGUAUAAUUACGGCUUUUCUUCCACUAUUUUAAACUCAGUUUGAAACUUCAAAUGCGAUAUAAUUUUGGCUUUGACCAUCUAAGCUGACUGACAUCAACUUGCUAUAAUUUCUGUUUACAUUACAUCGCAAUUCGAUGACACUCUGGCUCAGACACCAGAAUGUUUUGACGAUUUUUAGCAUUCGUUUAGGAUUUUCGAACAACCUGGUCUCUUUUAAAAUACUUUUAAUUUGUUCUUACGUGGUUUUCCAGAUGUAGUGACGACAAUAUUAAAGUUUAAAGAAGAAAAUUCUAACAUUUAAACUGACUAAACAAUAACAUAGUAAACUUGCAUAAUUAAACAGCAACUAAAAAUGAUAGGUUUUACUAAAUCUUUUCUUGUGCAAUUAUUACUAGCAUUGGAGACAAGGAUAAUAGUUUGUUUGAAAAAGAAAAGAACAGGCUUUCAAGUAAGCCUAAAACCGUUUAACUAGAAAUAGUAUUUCGAAAGUUAUUAAGCACAAAAGAUGAAUUGCGUUUAUUUUGAUACACCCUGUAUAUCGAAAACUUCUUUGUCCUGUUGUGGUUGAGCAUAGGGGAAUAUGUAGUGCUUCAUUGUUUCUUGUGGCGCGAUUGUUUAGUUCCUUAAUUACGUUUAAGAAAUAGGUCGCACAGAUAUGCUGGAGCGAGACUAUUUAUACAUUUGUAGAUCAUGACCAAAUCUUUGAACAACAGGUGCUCUUUAACAGGGAGCCAACCAAUAUCUUUAAGGAUUGAUGUAAUAUGAUCAAAUGUUUUCCCAUUAGCUAUAAUUCUGCACGCAAAAUUUUGGACGGCUUGUAGUUUCUUAGUAUUUGAAGAACUCGUAAUGUCUCGUAUUUGACCAAACUGUUGAACAGUAAUAUAAUUUACCCAUAACUACCGCGCAGAUGAUGUAAAUCAGCGUCUUUUGAUCAAAACAAUGUUUGACAUGAUUAAUUUGACAUAGUUUAGCCAUGCACUCUGAUGAGAGCUGGGUUAUAUGUUCGUUAUAUGUCAAGUUGCGGUCCAGGAUUAUUCCUGGUCGCUUAUGGAAGUGACAGGAACGAUUUUCUUAUUUAAAAAAUUCAAAGACAUAUCAUCUGAUAUUCUUAUAGAAUGGACAAGUCAGGAAAUCAAGCAACGAAAACGUAUGAUCGUAUGCUUUGAACUAUUUGCCCUUUUAUUCUCUCGGGGUUUGGGCGCAGUUUCAUUUCACGCGUACGUUUCUGUUCUGCCUCGGGUUCAGAUAUUUAAAAUAUUCUUAUAAUAUGCCAUUGAAUUGUUGUCAUAUGCAAACGGUAUAAAUUUGUGAAAUAGAGGUCUCGCUAGCGACUGUGUAGGUCGUAGCGCUUUGGUGGUCUUGCCAAUUAGACACACUAGCCAAUUAGACAUCGAAUGUCCAUUCAAUAGAUUCUAAAACCUGUAUUGUAAUGUCUAUAAAUCUCUCUCUUAAAUCACAAAUACGCGCUGGUUUGAAGGACACAACUUGUUUACUUGAAAAAUAUAUGAAUACAUUUUGUUACAUAGCCGAACUCCACCCACUUUACACCCGUCUAUCAUAAAUGUCAAUUAUUAACAAUUCAUGACACUCCCCCCUUGACCAGUAUUAGGAAAGUAUUUAUAGUAUCUUUAGUCCAUUUCAUUUAUCCACUGGUCAAUUAAUUGUCUGCGGUGAUUUCCCACUACUGCUGCAGUUCUCGUUGAUCUUCGAACAGGCACAAUCUCAGACUCUUGAUCGGUUGUAGAUUCGGUUUCGUUAGACUCGUAAUUCACCUCCAAGGGAUACAACUUUUUAAUAGGUCUGCCUCGCACCCGUCUUCCUUUGCAAUCUUGACAACAGCUCCUCGAACCCUUCCAUCGUUGCUCUUGCGCAGACUUUCGACUCUACCAAGUUUCCAAAUUGAUCUUGGAAUCUUAAUUCCUUCGCCUUGUACUGUCACCAUAUCUCCAAUAGCAAUAGCAAAUGUGAUGGGGUAAGUGGCUCAGCCAUAUCAUCAUUAUCCAAAUAGGUCAGCGGCCGAGAAUUCAGGAUUGCUUCAACAUCUACAAUAACCGUUAACAACUCGUCAUAACUCAACUUCGCCGUACCAAGUAUCUUCUUCAAUCACCUUUUCACACACUUUAAAUCAUUCGUUCAAAAAAACCACCCCACCAAGGGGCUCGAGCAAGAUUGAACUUCCAUGAUAUUCGUUUAACACCUAAGAAUUUCUGGAUUUCAGGUUCUUUCAGCAAUCUCGCGAUUUGUCUGGACGCCGCUUUGAACGUGAGUGCAUUGUCACUUAUCAUUUCCUUGGGAAUUCCACGCCGUGCCAUAAAGCGCCGGAAACAUCGAAGGAAUGCUUGUGUAGACAGUUCUGAGACUAAGUCUAAGUGAACUGCACGCGAACUAGCGCACGUAAACAAAGUCAAAUAAGCCUUUGCUAAAGAACUUUCCUUGCUGUUAGAAGCAACCUUAACGUAUAAGGGGCCAGCGAAGUCAACGCCGACGUAGGUAAAAGCUGGAUCGCAACUCACUCGAGAAAAGGGUAGUGGACUUGGGGUGACGUCAGGAUAAGAGCGUCCUUCAAAGCGACGAGAUACAACGCAUUUAGUUAUCACAUUUCGAACUACCUGUCCCCCCUUUCGAUCCAAAAACGUGACCGGACUUCGGCUAAGGUUUCAUGCACUCCGUUGUGUCCGACCCGGCUGUGACAAUCUCGUAUGGUUAUUGUUGUAAAGUGAUGCUUUCUUGGAAUGAUUGCAGGGUAUUUCUCUUCGUAUGAUAUUUCUGCGUUAGCUACAAUCCUGGCCAAAACUCAUGUGGACACUUAAUUCCACUUUUGCAAAAAUCAUAACAAACACCUAAAACUUGAAUUUACUUGCAUAUCCCCCACUCCCCCUCUUCAAUGUUGCUUAUCCGACUUAACCACACUUCGUAUUUGAUGAAAAAUCCCAUUCAACAUUGGCAUGGGGGAGCGGGGGGAUAAUUAUUUAGGGAAAACGCCUUUCGAGGCCAAAUUCUGUGGGUUGUCCACAACCUUUUGUCCAGGAUUGUCUGAAAAAUGAUGAGCAUGGAGAAGCGCUGUUUUAUCACUUGUUCGUUAACAUUCGAUAUGUCUGACGAGACUACAACACUUACCUAUGUUUUCUAAGUUUUUGCUAUACAGUUUGAUAGCUGAUGACGUCACAAUUAGUAAUUACGUCACUUCCGGAUGUUGUAAAUAUAAGCUAAUUUGUGGGAAGCAUGCGUAAAACCAACUAUACUGAAUAGGUGCUAGCAUAACUUUUUCUCAAUCUUAUACAUGGAAGGUACACCGACUUUACUGUUCAGAUACAUAGCCCAGGAGCGCAUUUAGGCUUUAGUAGGAGAGAAAUUGACGGUGCAGAAAAUUUUCAGUGUCAUAUCUGUACGGAGUUUCAGUAUGAUUCCAGAACGUCUCAAGCUAUGUAGCAAUUACCUUAUUCCAUUGAAUAAAUUAUUGUACUUUUGCAUAUUUUUAGUGAUUUUAACGACUCCUGUAGUUUGAAGAAAAGCCUAUAUUUUUAUACACAGCCCUAAUAUAUUACGCGCCAAUGACAAGAUCUAGAACCUUGCAAUAUCAAAAUAAAAAAGCAUCAGUACUCAAAAUGAAAUAUAUAGAGAAUAAUACAUGGGUGCGCGGAAAUACCAGAUUUAUUUCGAGUGUUGAGCAUGAUAUCUCAAGAGUGAGCGCAGCGAACGAGUGAGAUAUCAUGUUCAACACGAGAAAUAAAUCUGGUAUUUCCAAGCACCCAUGUAUUUUUCUGUUUAUUAUAUAAACAAAAUUCAGUGAAAAACAAUAAAACGUCGUGGCAAUGCGUUUUACAACAAAUGAUAUUUUCACACGUAAAAAUAUCGUAUUUUUUACGUGUGUUUAAAUACGAUUUUUCUCAGUGGCCAAAAACUCUAUAUAACACUUGUGUUUAUAUAAUAAAUCAUGUUAACCUUUUUCGCCAUUUGAAAGGCAAUAUAAUUUGACAUUGAAGGAUUCGUAGCAUUUCCAAAGAUAAGUGUCUAUCAUAAACUGGUACGCGAACUCGAUACAGCUUCGGCCAUUAAAUACAUACAAUUCUCUUAUAUAUACUUGUAAAUAUUAUAUUACAAUUGAAGUUUGUCAAAGAAUGCAAUAUUGCCGUACACUUUCGAAUACUGUGCGCCAAAUAUAGCACGGUCUACAGUAACUUCGAACUUGAAUUAUACACAAUUACUGCAUUGAAAUGUAACGAUUUUUUGUUAGGAGACUACCUACAUAUUAUACUUGUUAUUAAAAUGUUUUCAUAAUUUACACAGUAGAGCAAUAAAAAGUUACCACGGUCUACAUAUUAAAAGUAGAUCUUUGAAUAUAAUAGAUCAUAGCUCAUUAGUAUUCAUGAAAAUACGAUUUUUGUGUGUAGACCGUGGCUAUUUUUAAGGCAUAGCUGAUUUUAUAUGUCUUGCUGCAUACUGGUGCAAAAUGUAAUUGGAGAAGUCUUUUAAUCUAUAUUUUUUAUCGUUUGCGCGCUUAUAUACUUCUAAAAUCACUGCAAAAAAAAGUGUAGACCGUGUUUCGAGCUUUGAAUAUUAUGUUACACUCAUUACGUCACUCGAUCGGAAAGUAUAACAUAUCAACUUAACAAUUAUAGCAAAGCCCUGUAACGUAAUAUAAUUCAGAUAUUUAGUUCUUGCCUUAAUUAAAUCAUGUAUAUAUAGGUUUCUGUCAAACAUUGUAUUCAGCAAGUUUUAGAUGCACCUUGAAAUUGCACUGUCAGAACGAAGCUGUAAUAUAUAGUUAAAACAUACAAACGUACUGGCAUAUAUCGUAAGCGGCAACACUUGCAGUUAACGAAUUAUAAUACUUGUAUGAAAAAUGUCAUUUAGUUGUAUAAAUUAGAUUCUCAAGCACUUCAAGAAUGCAUAAACAAACUUGAGACUAGUACAAUAUAUAUUCUGUCAUUCUCGUCACAUAAUUAUUGCUAAAAAUUAGGCUCGUGGGCGCGUGUUUUGGCUAGAAAAUCUGUGUCUUUACCGGACAAUUUUUUUUUCAAAAGAUGGUCAGGAAUAGAUUAUUGAGAUGCAAACAAGCGCAAUUUUACUGACAAAGCAUAGUUUUUGCCAUUUUGUGUCAUAUUAGAUACAAGAACCGUCUAUUAUUUUCUAUGGUGAUUUUCAGACAAUCCUGGCCAAAACUCAUGUGGACUUAAACCACUUUUGCAAAAAUCAUAACAAACACCUGGAACUUGAAUUUACUUGCAUAUCCCCACUCCCCCUCUUCAAUGUUGCUUAUCCGACUUAACCACACUUCGUAUUUGAUGAAAAAUCCCAUUCAACAUUGGCAUGGGGGAGCGGGGGGAUAAUUAUUUAGGGAAAACGCCUUUCGAGGCCAAAUUCUGUGGGUUGUCCACAACCUUUUGUCCAGGAUUGUCUGAAAAAUGAUGAGCAUGGAGAAGCGCUGUUUUAUCACUUGUUCGUUAACAUUCGAUAUGUCUGAUGAGACUAUAACACUUACCUAUGUUUUCUAAGUUUUUGCUAUACAGUUUGAUAGCUGAUGACGUCACAAUUAGUAAUUACGUCACUUCCGGAUGUUGUAAAUAUAAGCUAAUUUGUGGGAAGCAUGCGUAAAACCAACUAUACUGAAUAGGUGCUAGCAUAACUUUUUCUCAAUCUUAUACAUGGAAGGUACACCGACUUUACUGUUCAGAUACAUAGCCCAGGAGCGCAUUUAGGCUUUAGUAGGAGAGAAAUUGACGGUGCAGAAAAUUUUCAGUGUCAUAUCUGUACGGAGUUUCAGUAUGAUUCCAGAACGUCUCAAGCUAUGUAGCAAUUACCUUAUUCCAUUGAAUAAAUUAUUGUACUUUUGCAUAUUUUUAGUGAUUUUAACGACUCCUGUAGUUUUGAACAGCCUAUAUUUUUAUACACAGCCCUAAUAUAUUACGCGCCAAUGACAAGAUCUAGAACCUUGCAAUAUCAAAAUAAAAAAGCAUCAGUACUCAAAAUGAAAUAUAUAGAGAAUAAUACAUGGGUGCGCGGAAAUACCAGAUUUAUUUCGAGUGUUGAGCAUGAUAUCUCAAGAGUGAGCGCAGCGAACGAGUGAGAUAUCAUGUUCAACACGAGAAAUAAAUCUGGUAUUUCCAAGCACCCAUGUAUUUUUCUGUUUAUUAUAUAAACAAAAUUCAGUGAAAACAAUAAAACGUCCGUGGCAAUGCGUUUUACAACAAAUGAUAUUUUCACACGUAAAAAUAUCGUAUUUUUUACGUGUGUUUAAAUACGAUUUUUCUCAGUGGCCAAAAACUCUAUAUAACACUUGUGUUUAUAUAAUAAAUCAUGUUAACCUUUUUCGCCAUUUGAAAGGCAAUAUAAUUUGACAUUGAAGGAUUCGUAGCAUUUCCAAAGAUAAGUGUCUAUCAUAAACUGGUACGCGAACUCGAUAAAGCUUCGGCCAUUAAAUACAUACAAUUCUCUUAUAUAUACUUGUAAAUAUUAUAUUACAAUUGAAGUUUGUCAAAGAAUGCAAUAUUGCCGUACACUUUCGAAUACUGUGCGCCAACUAUAGCACGGUCUACAGUAACUUCGAACUUGAAUUAUACACAAUUACUGCAUUGAAAUGUAACGAUUUUUUGUUAGGAGACUACCUACAUAUUAUACUUGUUAUUAAAAUGUUUUCAUAAUUUACACAGUAGAGCAAUAAAAAGUUACCACGGUCUACAUAUUAAAAGUAGCUCUUUGAAUAUAAUAGAUCAUAGCUCAUUAGUAUUCAUGAAAAUACGAUUUUUGUGUGUAGACCGUGGCGAUUUUUAAGGCAUAGCUGAUUUUAUAUGUCUUGCUGCAUACUGGUGCAAAACGUAAUUGGACAAGCCUUCUAAUCUAUAUUUUUAAUCGUUUGCGCGCUUAUAUACUUCUAAAAUCACUGCAAAAAAACGUGUAGACCGUGUUUCGAGCUUUGAAUAUUAUGUUACACAUCACGUCACUCGAUGGGAAAGUAUAACAUAUCAACUUAACAACUAUAGCAAAGCCCUGUAACUUAAUAUAAUUCAGAUAUUUAGUUCUUGCCUUAAUUAAAUCAUGUAUAUAUAGGUUUCUGUCAAACAUUGUAUUCAGCAAGUUUUAGAUGCACCUUGAAAUUGCACUGUCAGAAGGAAGCUGUAAUAUAUAGUUAAAACAUACAAACGUACUGGCAUAUAUCGUAAGCGGCAACACUUGCAGUUAACGAAUUAUAAUACUUGUAUGAAAAAUGUCAUUUAGUUGUAUAAAUUAGAUUCUCAAGCACUUCAAGAAUGCAUAAACAAACUUGAGACUAGUACAAUAUAUACUCUGUCAUUCUCGUCACAUAAUUAUUGCUAAAAAUUAGGCUCGUGGGCGCGUUUUUUGGUUAGGAAAUCUGUGUCUUUACCGGACAAUUUUUUUUUUCAAAAGAUGGUCAGGAAUGGAUUAUUGAGAUGCAAACAAGCGCAAUUUUACUGACAAAGCAUAGUUUUUGCCUUUUUGUGUCAUAUUAGAUACAAGAACCGUCUAUUAUUUUCUAUGGUGAUUUUCAGACAAUCCUGGCCAAAACUCAUGUGGACACUUAAUCCACUUUUGCAAAAAUCAUAACAAACACCUAAAACUUGAAUUUACUUGCAUAUCCCCCACUCCCCCUCUUCAAUGUUGCUUAUCCGACUUAACCACACUUCGUAUUUGAUGAAAAAUCCCAUUCAACAUUGGCAUGGGGGAGCGGGGGGAUAAUUAUUUAGGGAAAACGCCUUUCGAGGCCAAAUUCUGUGGGUUGUCCACAACCUUUUGUCCAGGAUUGUACCCCACAACCCCAGAUUCCUACUACCCCACACCCACAGAUUCCUAUAACCCAACGACAACAACAGCAAUCCCAUCAAGAAAUACCCCGAGCGGAAGUUUCUGAAGCCUCAGUGGCUAACCCAACUACGAACUUGUACACAAGAUCGAGACAGGAAUAGUUGAAAAGUUCCCGAAGGUGCCAGUUGCACGCCUGGAAAGGUACAUUACUUGCCCCAUCAUCCCGUGAUUCGCAGAGACAAGCAAACGACCAAGGUCCGUGUAGUGUACAACGCCAGUGCGAAAACCAGCAAAACCUCUCUGAACUCAUGUUUGAAUGCGGAACCUUCUCUUUUACCAAAGAUAGUCGAUGUUUUGAUUCGUUUUCGUUUCCACAAGAUUGGGUUGAUAGCGGAUGUAGAAAAAGCGUUCCAUCAAAUUUUCAUAUCCACGGAGGACAUAAAUGCCUUGCGCUUUCUCUGGAUAGAUAACAUUGCAAGUGAAAAUCCUCGAGUAUUAACUUAUCGAUUUGCAAGAGUAGUCUUCGGUGUGACUAGCAGCCCGUUUCUGUUAAAUGCCACCAUAGCUCAUCACAUCAAUAGUUACGUGAAUGAUCCCGACUUCAUCACCACCUUCCUGUCUUCCUUGUACGUGGACGAUUUUAGUGGUGGAGCCGGUACAAUACCGACAGCGUACGAGUUAUAUCUGAAGGGUCGACAGCGCAUGUCAGAAGGGGGAUUUAGUCUCCGGAAGUGGGCAACCAACGAUCCAACUUUGCGAGAGGAGAUCGCAAGCCACAAGGUCGAUAACUCUGUAACUGAGAGAACGUCCGAGAAGCCAAUCGCUGAAGACGACCAAACUUAUGCCGCAUCAUCAUUGGGCACGAAUGUAACGGACAGUUGUGAGAAUAUUCGUAAGGUGCUUGGAUUACAAUGGAACACGACGGAGGAUAAGCUCGUAUUUGACAUGAAGAAUUAUUCGGACUUGUUCGAGUCAAACACCCCUAUUACGAAACGCAAGGUUCUUAGUGUGAUUUCGAAGGUUUAUGAUCCCAUUGGACUAAUAGCCCCCGUGACGAUCACUAUGAAAGUGUUAUUCCAACAAAAUCUGAAGAACUGUACUCGAAGGUAAAGGAAUUGAAAGACGACUUAGAAGAAUGUAAAACAAUCCAGGCGGCACGUUGCUAUAUCGAAGAUAUUGCUGAUGAAAUCAAGUCAGUUGAAUUACUUGGAUUUGCGGACGCGAGCAUCGUAGCAUAUGCAGCCGUAGUAUGCAUCCGAGUUUUAACUGCGACAGCGAAUCGAGUACAGUUAGUUGCUUGUAAGACACGCGUAGCUCCACUCGUAAAGCAAAGCAUUCCUCGUCUGGAGUUACUGCCAGCAACUAUUUUAGCAAGAUUAAUGAUCUCUAUCCGCGAAGCACUCAGACCGAUUGUCAAGAUUAGCGCAGCCUAUUGUUGGUUAGAUUCUCUAACGGCGAUCUACUGGAUAAGAGGAGGAGAUAGAGAAUGGAAGCCCUUUGUGCAAAAUCGGGUCAUUGAAAUCGAGUCAUCGAGGACUAAUUCCUUCAGAAUUUUGGUUUCAUUGUUCUUCAGAACAAAACAUUGCAGACAUAGCAUCAAGAGGAACUAUGGCAACCAAUCUUUUAAAGAAUGACGAGUGGUGGAAUGGUCCAGACUGGGUAAGGAACUACAACCCGAGACAGGCAGAAUUGAGUAAACCCACAAACGAAGUUCUACUAGAAGCAAAGGCAUCCAAGAUUCGUGAAGUACAAAGUACACGCGUUCACGUGAGUGCGAUAGACGAAGCGGUUGGGAACAUUUCUAAAGUCAUUACAUGCGAAGAUUAUAGUAGUGUCAGUCGGCUGUAUUCCGUCACAGCCUAUGUUCUAAGAUUUAUUGAGAAUCUAAAACGAAAACGACAAGGAACGUCAUUAGUUAAGGAGUGUUGAACGGCCGAAGAAUUAGGACGGGCCGAAUAUUACUGGUUGUUAUUUAUACAGAGAGACGUACGUUCUGACAGCAACUAUGUCGAGAAGAAGAAUCGUUUGGGACUGUUCGAAGACACUAAAGGAAUCAUUCGUUGCAAGGGACGACUACAAUCCUGGACAAAAGGUUGUGGACAACCCACAGAAUUUGGCCUCGAAAGGCGUUUUCCCUAAAUAAUUAUCCCCCCGCUCCCCCAUGCCAAUGUUGAAUGGGAUUUUUCAUCAAAUACGAAGUGUGGUUAAGUCGGAUAAGCAACAUUGAAGAGGGGGAGUGGGGGAUAUGCAAGUAAAUUCAAGUUUUAGAUGUUUGUUAUGAUUUUUGCAAAAGUGGAUUAAGUGUCCACAUGAGUUUUGGCCAGGAUUGUAGUAGGAAACUCUGUGUGUUGCAUGUUUUGGGUUCUUGUGUCUCGUACUACGUUUUCUUGCAUCAUAAAACUAUUACGAUUAUGGAUUUCACAAAUGCUUGUAUGUUACCUCGACACUUACUACACCGUCCCGGGGAUUUACACUCUCUUACAAUGUAGUUUUUUCGCAAACAAUUAAAGCAUAGGCCACUAUUUUGUAGAAUUUGUUUUCGCGCGUUAAUGUCUGUGACAACUUGACAAUUUACAUGGGCGUGGCUCUGUCUACAAUACGCGCAUGGAAUUGAUUGUUUAUGCACGGUCAUUAGACUAGACGCUGAAAAUGCACCCUUUGGUUUCAUAUAGCCAAAGUUACUUCGAUUAUGACCUUUAUUCGCUAAACUGCUACUUGCAUUAAGUGAAACUGCCGUGCAUCGUUUUGUUUACCCAAAUGAAACCAUUCGUGAUUCUAACCAUUUGGCUAAGAAAAUUACUGUACAUGUGCGUAUGAGGCGCGAGUCUCUGGGCACAAGUUGUCAAAGACAGAUCAUUCUAUGCCGAAAUUCCUUCCCUUUCCUUCCUUUUUCUUUAGUCAUUACGUGCUGUCAUUUUCGAUCAUUUUCUUAACAGAUUAGUUUUGUUCCAGGUGAUGGGAGAAGGUUGCACCUUUUCUGUUACAGUAAAACUGUUAAUUUGUCGAUAUUGUGCACAUUGAAACAAAAUUUAAAGGAACGAGUCAGGUUCUAUCUACUUUAUAAUUAAAAUAUUGUUUUGUUGUUUUGUUGUUUUGUUGUGGAUAAACGAUCCGCUAAAAGUAACUUUAAUAUGAAAAACCUAAAAUAUUGUUAACGAUAAUAGUUGUGAUUGUUUUUGAUAAUCGUAUCACAUUAGCGAUUUAUAAGUUCUUUUCGGGAGAAUUUCAGUGUUUUGGCUUUUUUGUAUUGAAAAUUUGACAAUUUAAUAUUGCACUCGUUGACAUACUUCAAAAGUCGGGGCUUAACUCGAGCAACAACUUUUUUGUCAAACUUUGAGUUAAUCACCGGGACUUAACUCGAAUAACCCAAACACACCCUAACGCUUUAAACCUCCAAAACCAUGCGCGGUAUGAGGAGUAUCGUUAAGUUGAAGUUCUGAGCAAUUUCAGAACUCUGUCGCCGCCAAGAGAUAACAUAUUACUUAUAAUCAAAUUUCUCAUGAGAGCGAAACGCCAUUUUUGUAUAAUCGCCCAUGUUUUUAUAUUUUAAACUCCAAUGUAAAAUAAAAGAUGUGUACCUUCAAACAUCAAACCUCGCAUGAGACUUUUAGUUCCACAAUUGAAACUUUCAGUUAUACAUAGCCAUAGGCAAAUUUUUCAGUUUUGACAGCAAAAGUAAUUGUUUUGCCGCAUUUAAUGGAGCUUUCAGAAUGGUUGUAAAACAUUUAAAAUGGAUGAAAAUGUAGGAUUUUCGACUUUCAACCCUCGACCUCGACUUUUGACCCUCGAUUUUCGACCCUCAACCUCGACUUUUGACCCUCGAUUUUUGACCCUUGACCUCGACCUAUGGCCCUCGACACUCGACAAUUACUCAAACUCCUUUUUAAGUAAUUGAAUUGGAAAAUAAAAAAUUUUGAAAUUUAGUCAUAGCGAAGUGGCAUGAUACUUUAUUAGUUUUGAGCGCGUGUUACCCAACGACAACAUAUAAAAUAUAAUCUCCUUUUAAUCUGUUUUAAGGUUUGGAACUUGCUUGAUGGCAGUGAGAUAACUGGUAUUGAGCUUGAUAAUAAAGCUAAGUUAGUUCGCUUCAGUUUGGACGGGAGGCUAGUUAUAAUUGGAUGUUACGACCGCCACAGCUACAUCAGUAGCAAAGUUUCUAUCUGGGAUUGGCAGAAGAAUGAUGUAAAGUGUGUUACCUUACCAUCAUUCAGAAAGACAACCGAAAUAACUUGCGAUGGGAACAUGAUUUACACGUGCAGCAGAAAGAUGGAAGUUUGUCAAAUCGAUCUCCGCUCACUAAAAGUAUCGAAUAUUCGUCGAGGGCCCUAUCCAAAUUGUACGCCUAUGGUUGUAUUACCAGACGGCAAAGCUAUAUUGUCUGGGAAAUUGGGAGAUAGUUCGUUUAUUUUUUGGGAACUUUCAACUGACAAACAGUUCACAUGUAAUGCAGGUAGGUGAAUAGGAAGCUUUGUUUGUAGUUCUCAAUAAUAAUUUCUGAAAACCUAUUAUUAAAGAACUUUUAGUACGAAUACGACUAUAAAUACGGGAUUUGUCAUCAAGGACGUGGCGAAGUCUUCUCAGUUUGGGGAUACUGAAUAUUCCCAUUAUUCCGAUCAAUCAGUUCCUUUGAAUGUUAAUGCCAACAAAAAAUUCGCCGAAUCUAGCUAACUAAUCAUCAUUGGUGAGGUAUUUGUGGAUCAUGACUAUACGCUAUAUCUAAACUAUCUAAACUAAAAUCCCUCGACAUUCCUGAUCCCACUGUUAAUUGGAUUGCA